AUGAAUUUUCAAUUUUGUCUAAAAAUAUUCGUGUUUAGUAUUCUGCUAUCAAGUGCAAGUUUAACUCAGGUAAUUAAUAUGCAAAAUAAUGAUAACACAAAUACAGCAGAAUAUACUCUUCUCUCAGAAAAUGAAUUAAACCAAGAUAAUGAAAUUCAUGAUAUUAAUACCACGAAUGAUUCUGUUAAAGGUCGUAAUCUAAUAUUCUUUUUUAAAAUUUUUAAAAAUAGAAUGUUUCGAUUUGUAUUUUUUAAAUGGGUAUUAAGUCCAGGACUUUUAUCUCUUAUUGCAAUCUCAUUUAUUCGAAUUUUUCAUGAAAUGAUUUACGGGACAUUCAUCGAAUGCAUCUUAUUUAGCUCUUCGUUUUUUUGUUAUUUAUAUGCUUAUAACUUCUCCUUUGAAUCCGCUUUUAAAAAUAGAUUAAUAUGA